UGAGGGCACAUCUGAGUGCAAUGAUGCUGACCGAUUUAUCAUCAUCAGACCGCUUUUGUGUGGGAAAGUUGCAAACUUCUGCCUUUGUUUGAACAUUUGCAUACGGCACAGAGAACUCUUUAGAGAUUAGGCCUUUUCUUCUUCAGAUUGCGUUGUCUGAGGGAAUCAGCAACACAAUCGGGUCCUGCAGUGUGUGGAAGAAGUGCGUUGGAAAUGGCUGCAGUUCUGACAGAUUCAUUGAGGAGUCAGCUGAUGGGACGGUGAGCAGUGUUUGGAAAAGCUGAAGAACUAAAGGUUUUAACCUGGAUCUGGGAACAAAAACAGAACAGCAAGGGAGAGAGAGAAGAAGGACACGCAUGAGGCAACCUACAAUGCACUGACAGCGAGGAAUGGAAAGGAUCAGCGUGGAAACAGACUGGGAUGGGUUAGGUCUCUCCUCUCCGGGCGCCAAGGGAAGGAACAACAUCUCCUCGUUUGUUACCGAGUUGAACUCGUUCAACAUUUCUCGCGGUGGAGGGUCCCUCUUUGGGAUCUUAAUAGAGAACGGCUCCAACGCCACAUCUCACACCGUUCCUCAACCCAGGGCGAGGGACCAAGGCCUAGCCCGGGCCGAGAUCGCCAUUCUGGGGGUGGUGCUGGCUCUCACCACGCUGGGCAACAGCUUCGUGUUGUGGGUGCUUUUGAGAAGGAGGAAGCACAAUGCACCGAUGCACCUGUUCAUGGUCAACCUGUGUGUGGCUGACCUGGUGGUGGCGCUCUUUCAGGUUCUGCCCCAGCUGAUAUGGGACAUAACAGAGAGGUUUCAGGGGCCCGACUUGCUCUGCCGGUCCGUCAAGUAUUUGCAGAUUGUGGGGAUGUUUGCUUCCUCCUACAUGAUAGUUGCCAUGACAGUCGACCGACACCAUGCCAUCUGCUGCCCGCUGCAGGCCUACCGCGUUGGGGCUAUGUCCCGCUGGAACACCCCUGUGAUAGUGGCGUGGGCUCUGGCUCUGGUCCUCAGCAUACCGCAGGUGUUCAUCUUCUCCCGCUCGGAAGUGGCUCCGGGUGAGUUCGAGUGCUGGGGUCACUUCACCGAGCCAUGGGGGCUGAAGGCCUACGUCACCUGGAUGACCGUGGCUGUGUUCCUGCUGCCCGCCCUCAUCAUUACCAUCUGUCAGAUAAGAAUCUUCCGGGAGAUCCACAACAACAUCUACUUGAAGUCAGAGAGGAUAAUGAUGGCCGAGCUCAAGAGGAGUGAAAUCCUUCUUCGCUUCCAGGGCCUCAGGAAGGAGGAUGAGCGAGAGGGGGAGAGGGGAAGACAGGCGACCGGGAGAGAAGGAGGAGGACGGCUCCUGAAGGACAAUGACGCCCACGACUGCAAAGUGGGAGAACAUUACGACUAUGUGCCGUCUGUUAUUCAGUAUAGUAGCUGCUGCGGCGAACAUCAGACAGCAGCCACAACACUGAUGCAGGAGCAAAUACAGAACGGCUCAGAUUUCCGGGAGUCCUGUGCCAACUCCGCCCGCUGCUCCCUGGACUAUGCCCCCCCUCCACAUCAGGUCACUCCAGUCCCCAGCAUCACCAAGGCAAUGUCCAAGACAGUGAGGAUGACCCUGGUCAUAGUGUUGGUCUAUACCGUCUGCUGGUCACCGUUCUUCAUCGUCCAGCUGUGGGCGGCCUGGGAUCCAGACCCUCCAGACCAAGGAGUGGCCUUCACAAUCCUGAUGCUGUUGGCCAGCCUGAACUCGUGCACCAACCCGUGGAUCUACACGGCUUUCUCCAGCAGCGUGUCCAGAGAGCUUCAAAACCUGCUGCAGUGUCGGUCACGACUCGGCCGACGCGGCUCCCUCCCGGACGACUCUACGGCCACACACACUUCCACCACUAAGGACAACCUGUACUGACAAACACCUAGAAGACGGACACACCGAGACAUGCUUGAAAAUACAUGGCGGCUGGGCUGCGUGAACACCGUGCUGCGAGGAUCGAUGCCUCUGCCACUGCCGUCGCCAUCGGCAGCAUCACCGCUUGAGAACGGUCCGACCUUUACCAGAUGUUUGCUUUGACAAAGGACAGCUGUACCCUCAGCAGGACAUCAAUCUGUUCUCACCUGCCUGCUCCGCCUCCACUGUACCUACCGGAAGGAUGCCAUUGACGAUGUGAACAACACGUGCUGCCGAGCCUCGCAGUGCAUCUGCAAUGCAAAAUGACCUGGAAAGUAAAGAGAUUUUCACUUCAGUAGCUUGUGGCUCGGGUCUUGUGGAGCAAUUCAUGUGGGGAAAAUAAAAAGAAAACACUGGCUGACUCUAACAAAGCGGAGAACACCAGGAAUGCAAAGGAUGGAUCGCUGCAUUAAUAUCCUCUUGGCAUGCUAAAUCCACAAGGCAGCAGGCAAAGCUGUGGAUCCAGAGGAACCCAAACAGCAAUAAGAAAGAUUGCUACAGCUAUAAGUGGGAUCCAAAACCGAAGUGAAACAAAUGUUUUUUUUAUUACUAUUAUUUAUUUUAAUGGAAGAUCAAAGGCUGAAUUCACACUUUGAAGGAAGUCUUCAGAGGUUGGACACGUAUUCACUCCUGAGGAUGCUGAGUUGAAGUAAAGCGGAGUCCUCCAAGAAGCUGCAGAAAAACACACAUAAAACACUCUCAAACAGGAGGGGAGAAAGGAGGAAAGAGCAGAAACGAACAAACAGAUUUUCUACAAGCGACUCUGGCUGUGAACGAUGUGGCUGUAGUUUGAGUAAACAUACAAGACUUUCCAAUUAUGGAGACUCCGAAAGUAUGAACCACAAACACUAGGAUGAAGAAGUUACAUUCCAGGCGCAGUGCAGAUAUGUAAAGUAUAUUUAUUGACCACGUACGGCACAACAGAUACUACCUUUUAUUUAAAAGCUGAAUGUGAACCAUCAAAUGUGAUGGUGCGUUGAGGGAAAACAAAAAGAUGUCAAACCAAAGUUUUAGCUACGCAGGUCUUAACAGCAACAAGCUUCAACAGACGUGACGGAAAUCACUGCAUUUUAACAGAACUGUUGAGAAGAAAGUCCACAUUAAGAGGGAAAUGAGUCCAAACAAAGUGCCUGGGAUGUGAGUUAUAGAUGUUGUUAGAAGGGCCUCCCUGAACGUUUUAAUCUCCAAAUGAUGUCAGCUGUGUUAUUAUUAGACAGAGCUACCAUCAGAGCAGGGAUUGUAAGAUUUGUUAUAUAACACCAUGAGCCAUUUAUGCAUUUUACUUUCUUAUUUAUUGUUUAAAAAAUUACAUAUAUAUCUUUUUUCACAUUAUUUUUCUUUCUGUGUUUUACAUUAUGCCCCUUCACUGCAUGGCAAACUAAAUGUUUUGUUUUUUUUUAUAUAAAAUUGUUAUAAUAGAAGCUCUUUUUCUUUCGACAGAUACAGUACAUCUGCACAGACGUUUCGUCACGCUUCUGAAUGUUUAUGUUAACAGGUUUAGGGUACACAAGUUUCAAAUUCAAUUUUAAAAACACUUUAUUGAACUCGACGGGAAAUUAAAUGCAUAAAUAAAUUCAUUGUGAAUUUCCACUUAUCGAGAGAAGGCUGAAAAUCGUGUUUGACUUCGAGAGACGCUGAGGAGAGAGUGUAAUCAUUUCAAUCAGCUUUGAUGUAGCAGGUUAAAACACACAGAUUGUGCUGGAUAUAGAGUCAUCAGGGUGCGCUGCCAAAUUCAGGCCUUCCCCAAAGUUUAUUUCUGAGUCAGCAGUCUUUCAGUCUAUAUUGCUGUAAAACUCACUUCGCCGUAGACGGUUGUGAUUAGGUUGUUCUAGGCUUCUGAUUGGUUCCUGAAUAUCUCAAUCAAUUUCAUUUCAUCUGGGGGUAACAGUUUGAUCAGACUGGGAUUCUGAUAAGCAUAAAUGACAUAGAAGGAGGUAAACAAUGGAGUUUUGGAAUGGCCCAUUUUACCUCAAAUAUACAGACUGCUUAAAAAUUAAGUCAGGGAGGGAAAUCAAUCUAUACAAAUCAAAUAACGAAUGUUCAUCGAUAGUAAAUAUCAGUGGAGGAGUAUGUACUUAUCUAAACUUGUGUGCAAUGUAUAAUUUUGACCAAUGUACAUUUGAUAAAAUUCACAAUUUAUU